AUGAGCAGCCAAAGAGGCGCCGUUGAGCCCCAGCGCGUCGACGCACCACUAACCUCGUCAGCAACCUUCCUUGUCGUAACAGCAACCAACAAACCCGACUCAAUCAAGACAAUCCGCUCAACUCUCGCUGGCCUAGACAGUCUCGCCAAAAAUGUCGCCAUCCGCGAUUUGAAUGCCCAAUUUGCCUGUACAGUAGGCAUUGGCAGCGCAAUCUGGGAUACCCUCACCGGCCUCCCCCGACCAAGUGAACUCCACCCCUUCCGCGAGGUCAAGGGAUCUAAACAUACAGCCAUAUCCACACCAGGAGACCUACUCUUCCACAUCCGCGCUGAGCGCCGAGAUCUCAGCUUCGAGUUUGAGCGCCAGCUGAUGGACCAACUAGGCGAUGCAGUGACAGUUGUCGACGAAACAGUCGGAUUCCGUUACUUCGAUGUACGGGAUCUACUUGGUUUCGUAGACGGAACUGCUAACCCCGUUGGUCCGGCUGUUCCACCAACUGUGCUCGUUGCCGAGGAGGAUUCCUCGUCGCAGGGUGGAAGUUAUAUUGUUGUGCAGAAGUAUACGCAUGAUCUUGAAUCAUGGAAGAAACUGCCGGUGGAGAUGCAGGAGAAGAUUAUUGGACGGACUAAAUUGGAAAAUAUGGAGUUGGAUGAUGCGGAGGAGGGGCAACGGUCUCAUAAGACACUAAACACCAUUGAGGAUGAAGCUGGGAAUGAGCAUGACAUUCUGAGGGAUAACAUGCCGUUUGGAUCGCCUGGUAAAGGGGAGUUUGGAACUUAUUUUAUCGGGUACACGCGGAGACUGUGGGUUAUUGAGAAGAUGUUGGAACGGAUGUUCGUUGGGGAUCCGCCUGGCUUGCAUGAUCGGAUUUUGGAUUUCUCGACUCCCUUGACGGGCACGACGUUUUUUGCGCCGUCGGCGAGUUUGUUGGCGAGUCUGGAUUCGGAUUGA